AUGUCAGACGUGGCAGUGGACACCAGAUCUGAGAUCACAACCAAGGAGAGGAAGGUAGCUGUGGAGGAGGCAGAAAAUGGAAGAGAAGCACCUGCCAAUAGGAAUGCUAAUGAGCAAAAUGGGGAGCAGGAGGCUGACAAUGAGGUAGAGGAAGAAGAGGAAGAAGAUGGGAAGGAAGAGGACGGAGAUGAGGAUGAGGAAACUGAGGCUCUUAUGGGCAAGCAGAUAGCUGAAGAUGCCGAGGAUAAUUAUGUUGACACCAAGAAGCAGAAGACGGAUGAAGAUGACUACACAGCACAAAGGAAAAGCUAA